UAAGGGCCAUUGCAUGUAACAUUGGUCAGUAGUUCGAAGUUCCGAGGUUUUAGGUAGCGCGCUACAUAAUCUAGCUAUCUAGCCUUUCAUUUGCAUCGUGUUUUGUUUAAACUUUCUUUAUUUUGAUAAGACAUUAUUUAUUCUCUGCUCACUGAAGUUGAAAAGUGUAGCUGGCUAAUGCCAGAUGUUAGCAAACUACCGUCGCUCGCUAUCUUAGCUAACUAGCUAGCUAAUUUGUAACCUUAGCUCUGAAUACGGAUAAUCUCGAAAUGCAAACUAAAUUAAUUUACGAUUAAGGCGUAGAUUCUACAUUGAUCCACCAAUAGAGAUACAAUGGCAUCUAUUCUCGAUGAAUACGAAGACUCGCAAAUCACCCGGAACCUUGCGCAACAGAAUCGUAUGUCUGCGGCUAACAUAAUUGGGAUAACUCAUUCAGGGUUUGUGAACGUAAGGCUUGAAGAAGAAAAACCUAUUUUCAACAAGCAACGGAUCGAUUUUUCACCUCCUGAAAAGAUAAAUCACUUUGUAGUGUGCAACAACCAGUUAUGCAUGAGUUUGGGGAAGGACGCUCUUUUGAGAAUUGAUCUUGGAAAGCCAGAUCAGCCAAACCAGAUUGAACUGGGGAGGAAGGAUGACAGUAAAGUACACAAACUGUUCUUGGACCCAACUGGAUCUCACUUGGUGAUCAGUCUAACCACAAAUGAGUGUGUUUACUUGAACAGAAACACCCAAAAAGUUCGCAGUCUCUCUCGUUGGAGAGGCCACUUAAUAGAAAGUGUGGGCUGGAACAAGUUAUUAGGCACAGAAACCAAUACUGGCCCAAUUCUGGUUGGAACCAGCCAAGGCAUAAUCUUUGAGGCAGAAAUCUCUGCUUCAGAGGGUACUCUGUUCAACACUAAUCCUGACCAGUACUUUAGGCAGGUUCAUUCCUUGGAAGAGGAUGGCAAUCCAGCACCUGUGUGCUGCCUUGAGGUGGAACGUGGGGUAGAGUCGAAGUAUUACAUUAUCGCCACCACUCGCAAACGUCUCUUUCAGUUUGUGGGCAGAUUAGUAGAAGGUACUGAGCAACAGGGUUUGAGUUCCGUCUUUGCUCAGAAUCAGGAUCUCCUACCCAGCUUUCAGGAGUUUCCUGUAAAUAUGGGCUACAGUGAGAUCGCUUUCUAUACCUCAAAGCUCCGUUCAUGUCCUAAGUCCUUUGCAUGGAUGAUGGGAAAUGGGGUUUUGUAUGGACAGUUGGACUAUGUGCGGCCUGACUCUCUCCUUAGUGAUGUACAGGUUUGGGAAUACACACCAGAUAUUGACUUUAACCUCAACAAACCUAUUUCCAUUGUACUCACACAGUUUCAUUUCCUCCUUCUACUCCCUGACCGUGUUAAGGCUAUUUGUACUUUAAACGGGCAAGUAGUCUAUGAAGAUGUGUUUCCAGACAAGUUUGGCACACUCAAGAAGAUGAUCAAAGAUCCUGUUGGUGGGCUGGUAUGGCUAUACACAGAGAAAGCUGUAUUUCGCUAUCAUAUUCAGAAGGAGUCAAGAGAUGUCUGGCAGAUGUACAUGAACAUGAACAAGUUUGACCUGGCCAAAGAGUAUUGCAGAGAUCGACCAGAGUGCAUUGAUAUGGUAUUGGCCAAGGAGGCGGAACACUGCUUCCAUAACAAACGGUACCUGGAGAGUGCUAAGUGUUAUGCUCUCACUCAGAACUACUUUGAAGAGAUUGCACUGAAAUUCAUUGAGGCCAAGCAGGAGGAGGCACUAAAAGAAUUUCUUCUUAAGAAGCUAAAUAACCUGAAAUCCACUGAGAAGACACAGAUCACCCUGCUUGUCACCUGGUUGACUGAGUUGUACUUGAACCGGCUUGGGCAACUAGAGUUGGAUAACGCAAAGAUUGCCUUCUUUCAGGAAACUCGUGAGGAGUUCCGUAACUUCCUCGGCAACACCAGGUUCAAGGAAUGCUUCUUCAACAACCGCAGCACCAUCUAUGAUCUCCUGGCAAGUCAUGGUAAUGUAGAGGACAUGGUUUAUUUCUCUGUUAUAAUGCAGGACUAUGAGAGGGUCAUCUCUCAUUAUUGCCAGCAUGAUGACUACAGUGCAGCCCUAGAGGUGCUCUCCAAGCACUGUGAUGAGAAACUCUUCUACAAGUUUUCCCCAGUUCUUAUGCAGCACAUUCCUAAGGAAGUGGUAGAUGCCUGGAUUCAAAUGGGGAACCGACUAGAUCCCAAGAAGCUUAUCCCUGCUUUGGUGAACUACAGUCAGAUAGGUAGCACCCAGCAGACCGAGACAAUACGUUAUAUGGAGUUCUGUGUUUAUCAGCUGAAUGUGAAGGAGGAGGCCAUCCAUAAUUACCUGCUGUCUCUCUAUGCCAAAUCUAAGCCAGAUUCUUUGCUAUGGUAUCUUGAGCAGGCAGGUACACAUGCCUCAGAAAUCCACUAUGACCUGAAAUAUGCUUUACGCCUUUGUGCUGAACAUGGGAAUCUUCAAGCCUGUGUCUUGGUUUACAAGAUAAUGGAGCUCUAUGAGGAAGCUGUGGAUUUAGCCUUACAAGUUGAUGUUGAUUUGGCCAAGUCAUGUGCUGACCUUCCAGAGGAUGAUGAGGAGCUGAGGAAGAAACUGUGGCUAAAAAUUGCUCGUCACGUGGUUCAGGAGGAGAAGGAUGUGAAGAAGGCAAUGAACUGUUUGUCCAGUUGCAACUUGCUUAAGAUUGAGGACAUCUUGCCCUUUUUUCCAGACUUUGUCACAAUUGACCACUUCAAGGAGGCCAUUAUCAUCUCUUUGGAUGAGUAUAACCAGCACAUUGAGGAACUAAAGCACGAGAUGGAAGAGGCCACAGAAAGUGCCAAGCGCAUACGUGAGGACAUUCAAGAGAUGAGGAACAAAUACGGCGUGGUGGAAUCUCAGGAGAAAUGUGCCACCUGUGAUUUUCCAUUACUCAACCGACCCUUCUAUCUCUUCCUGUGUGGGCACAUGUUCCAUCAUGACUGUCUCUUUCAAGAAGUCAUUCCUCAUCUAUCUGCCCUCAAGCAAAGUAAGCUGGAGGAACUUCAGAAAAAACUCACAGGGACCACCCAGACCACCAAGUCCCGUCACAGGCCCAAAGAAGACGAUACAGUCAGCCUGGGAAAAGGCCAGGGUAGCCGAGAGCAGCUCAAAUCAGACAUUGAUGACAUCAUUGCUUCUGAGUGUGCCUACUGUGGUGAGCUGAUGAUCAAAUCUAUUGAUAAGCCUUUUAUUGAUCCAGAGAAAUUUGAGGAAGAGAUGUCCAGCUGGCUUUAAAACAGACUUUUGAGUUAGAAAGAAGCACUCAUGAACAUGAUGGACUCCGCAUACUGAUUAAGGUCAACUGUGCUAUGGUGUAAAAGCUGCAAUUAUGGAGUUUUUGUGUUUGUGAACAAUGCUGUUGCUGUUUAGUCCCUGUGCUAAUGUAACCACUCAUGCAUCAAUAUUUCAGUGCUUUCAAAAUAUAUUUUAAUAAUUCAAAAGUGUGGUCCUGAAUGAAUGGCUCAUUAUUGUUGAAUGUGAUAAAACGUGUUUGUGGAGAAAUAAUUCUAACAUAACUUGUCUGUAAAGUUAUCUACCACUCUGUGCAUGUGUGCGUACAUAAGUGCUUUGUGUAUAAAAGAACCGGACCUAAUAAACUAUGGCAUUGUGU